AUGACUGAAAUCCUGCAGAAGCAAAUCAAUCUACAGCAGAUCUCAUCUAACACAUAUUCUGCUUCUUGGCACCAUGAUUGGGUCGUCGGAAAAACCCUCAACGGUGGCCACCUCGCCUCUGUAUUCAUGCAUGCGGCGCGCAGGCAUCUCUCAAUAGAUCCAACACUCGCGGCUCGAGAUCAGCCUGACGUACUGAGCCUUCAUAUUGAGUUUCUGCAUGCUUGUGAGGUCAAGGAUACAAAAAUCACGAUUACCACACUUAGGACCGGCUCUAGCACAAGCACUCUACUAUUGGAGUUAUCCCAGGACAGCGGCACCCCUGGGAAAAGUCGUCCAAAUGCCAUUGCCAUUGCCAACUCGACCAACUUUGAUAAGGCACUCGGCCCAUCAGCUCCCACCGACUGGACUCUGCACCCACCGCCAAAACCGAUUCCCAACUUUGCCCUUGUUGAGGCCCAUAAACCCGAGCCCAACUGGAUUCCUGCGACAGUCUCAGGAGAACUGCUUCCUUUUACCCGCCGCUCUUUAUGCUUAAACCCCCGCGGAGGCUUCCCUACUGCCGGCGUAUACGACGCGUGGAAUUCUUUCCGGGAUGGAGAGCGUAUGGAUGCCACUUAUUUUGGACUCUUGAGCGAUUUCAUUCCUGCUGUGUGUGAUUCUCUCACAGGUGAAGGCAUGUACAACGCACAUGCGUUUUAUGAGAAGAUGGAGCAAUGGGAUAAGGAACACCCGGGCAUCCCCACCCCCCUGACAAACACAAUUGCGGAAGCUAUGAAGGCUACAAGAUUUAGCCAGACGGUUACUCUGAACCUUGAGUUCAGAAGACGAGUUCCCGCAGAGGGGCUCCGCUGGGUGUUUACCAGAACAGCAACGAAGAUGAUGGAGGGGGGUAGGAUGGGGGUGGAUAUCAUCCUGUGCGAUGAGAAUAUGAAUUUGGUUUGCGAAGCGCACCAACUUAUUCUCGCUUUGGAUGCUCAGAGAAAGUUUCUCAGUAGGAAGUCAAAGCCUUCGUCUCUCUAG